CGGCGGUGCUGCAGGAGUGCGCGGCGGCGUGGAACAGGACGUUUAGCGGGUGGACGGCAGGCGGGGACUGCUUGCUGGCUGAGACGGUCGGGUGCGAUGCAGAGGGAAAGAUCGACAGCCUGAACUUCUCGGGGUUAGAUCUGAACGGCACCAUCCCCACCAGCAUCGCCACCCUCACCACACUCACCCACUUUGACAUCACCACGAAUAACUUUGCUGGGACUUCCCCUCUUUCAUCACACGCCUCUCCCAGCUCCGAAACCUGGGCUUUGCUCAAACCAGGAUUUCGGGACCCAUUCCCUCCACCAUCACGGCUCUCAAGAACCUCGAGGAGCU